UGAGAGAGGGAACGAUGAUCUCUUUCUAGAAUCUGUACAUGGUUCUAAAUCAAACUAAUCACAGAGAACCUUCCUGCCCAUUUUUGCCUGUCUGGUCACUCUCACUGCUCUUGAUUAAACUCAGACGGCAGAGUUAAACUAAACCAAUACUUAACUACUUCAAAAGCUGAAAUUGAUCAACCACUGGCCAGACUUAUUGUGCUCCAGCGCCAUGGAUAUUAUUUUGAAUGCAAGCCUCUAGCAACGGGAUGAAGUUUACUGAAACCUCAGUGUUCUUUUAAGAAUUUCAGUCCGAAACCGAUUACAUCCUGAUCCCAGAUGGAGAGAAAUUAAGACCUUUUACUGACAAGGUUGCCAGAUCUUUCGGCCUGUUUUCGAUGCCAGGCAGCUCAUGCGACUAUCAUUCCUGCUAAAUGGCACGUUUUAUUAUUAAAAGCUGCUGUGGGAAAGUGAAAGCCUUGCUUGGAACUAGCUUUGCUCUACAUUACACUGAUAUGAGUGCACAGGGCCUCUUUACAUAAAUUAGGAUUGCGCUGGAUAUUGGGUCAGGACCUACGUCAUUGAAAUAAGACCCUAAUUUAUUGGGACGGUAUUCUUAUUUAUGUGGAAGGAGCCUUAACUUAUUGGGACAAGGCUGUAACUUAUUGGGCUUGGAAUGUAUUUUACUGGGUAGGGCCCUAAAUUAUUGCGAACUUAGUGUGUUAGAACUGUAAUUUUUGCCACAAUUGGGCCACAAUUUUUUGGGAGAAGGGUUCUCAAUUAUUUUGUUGAAUUGGGGUCCUAUGGGAUGAGACAUUUUGGGAUAAGAGGAUCUUAUUUUUGUGGUACUUUUUUGUUUUACCAUUUUUGGGCCAUGGUUCAUUGGGAUAUUGAAGCCUGCCUUAUUGGAACACUGCCUAAUACUGGGAUGGAGCCCUAUCAUAUUGUGAUUGUUAUUAGGACCUUAGUUUAUUAGGAUUGGACCGAGGCUUGUGUUUAUCCGGAGAUGCUUUGUUCCUCCAGCGAUGUUCUUCGUUGUAACUUUGUUGUGGUUAGCAGUUAAAGGGUUAACAAGGAACAAGUGUGUGUGUGAAUGGGAGUGGCUGAAAUAUAGGUCAAUCACACCUCCUUCUAUCUUGCACUUCUGAUAAUGUUCUUCUAAUACUAUGUAAUUGCACAGUACAGUUUCCUCAUGACUGAAGCUUGGUAAAUAUAUAUGUGUGUGUGUGUGUGUGUGUGUGUGUGUGUGUUUCUGUUCAGUGUAUGACUUUAGGACCCUAUAGUAUCGUAUAACCAUACAUGGCUUUGAACAUAUCAGCUACAAAACAGUUUUUUUUUGUGCGUGUGUGACACCCAACUGGGCCUCUGUUCAACAGAACGCCAUGCAAACAUUCAACACACACACACACACACACACACACACACACACACACACACACACACAGUAUUAGUUACUGGGAAAAACAGUCUCCCGAUUGUCAUAAUAGCGCAGAGAUAGAGACUCGCUGAUUGACAUCUCCAACCCACAAACUACCGAGUUCAGCUGACCACAAAGACAUAAAUCCGAGGCGUCGGCCAAUCAGGAGUCAGAGAUGGUAGAGCGAGAUUUUUUUCCACCACAAUAAAGGGUUAUGAAAAUUUCUGCUUAAACUAUCUGUGAUACAGUUAUAGUAUUAUUGGAAAGCAUGUACUUGUCAAGUACAAUUAACUACUGUGUGUGUGUGUGUGUGUGUGUGUGUGUGUGUGUGUUUAAUGUCUAUUUAAUGUUGCAUGCCACAAGAUUCUUCCCCUAAUGUUCUUCUCUUUGGGAAAAGGAUGUAAGCUGACUCAUAGUGUGUGUGUGUGUGUGUGUGUGUGUGUGUGUUAGUCUUGUCAGUGUCCUUUUCUAUCAGCCAUGAUGUUUGUUUAAUGAGGAAAUUCAUCGCAGAAAGACUUCCUCCGCUUUUAUGGGUUACAGUACGACCGCGCACACACAUACACACACACACACACACACACACACACACCGACACUUACCUCGUGUACGAUAAUGCACUGUGUUUCUUUUAAUUCAUAUGAUUUAUACAAGUCUCCUGUUGUUGUUGUUGUUGUUGUUGUUUUUCUUCUUCCUUUCUUUCCUGCUCUCUUUUCAUUAUCUAAAGGGCUGGUCCUGCUCGAGGGAUGGUUUCUAGGUCACUCCAUGCCUCGCGGAUGUAACAUUUCCCGAGCUGUUAAAGCGCCGCAUUUCUGCUUUGUCAUCAGACGUUGCUUUUGUUGGUAACCAGUCGUUAGUCAGAAUUUAUUUUUGGGAGAACGACUGCUAGCCAAAAAUAACGCCGCCUACUCUGGCAACCUCGGUCCAAAUGGACGAACUGUACAGUACGGGUUUGACAGCGUGGGGUCGUGUGUCCAUCAUGUUUAGCAGAUAAACUCCCUCUGUGUGGCAUUUACUUCUCAGGACGUGAACGUAAUUCUCAAUAUGGAAGCUUCGAUGCUGAGUGUGAUUUUAUUUUCACAGAGUCUUUUAUUACAAAUCUAACAACAGAUCUGAGAGAAAUGUUGACGUUUACCACAGCUUUGUCACGUGUACGCUGUCACUAAGCCUUUACCUCAUCCAUAAAAUAAGGUCCUUCCGCUUCUGCGACUGACCUCCCUGGAAAUACGAAAGUAGCCGCCAGAGAUGUUAGCAUCCCAAAGUCACAUACAUAAGCUAACCGUUUCCAGAUGAUCAGCUAACCAUUAGCAUGGAAACCUCAGCCAGGUGGUGAGGACAAGUCAAGCAAACGAAGCUACCUACUAGCCGUCACCGGUUUGGUGAAGGAGGAGACCUGCUAGCUCCAAGAGUGCUAGUGUGGGAGGCGUACCAGUUUUAGUGGACGUUUGAGUGCUGUGAACUCGCAAAUGGGAAACUACAGCCUCCAUAGACGGCCUGGAUAGGAGAGGGCGUGAGCAUGGACAAGCUUUCCGAAUUUGGCGUCCUUUGUCCGUCCAGCAGGAGGGAAUGGGAAACCACCAGCUGUGUGGAUGAUUUUAUGGACGAAGAUGAGAAAGACAGGGCUAAAAGGGCAUCCCGGAAUAAAUCCGAGAAGAAAAGGCGAGACCAGUUCAAUGUGCUCAUUAAGGAGCUGUGCACAAUGCUGCAGGGCCAAGGCCACCCACGCAAAAUGGACAAGUCCACCAUCCUGCAGAGGACCAUCAACUUCUUGCAAAAGCAGAAAGAGAUUACGGCACAGACGGAGACCUGUGAGAUUCAGCAGGACUGGAAGCCUUCUUUUCUCAGCAACGAGGAAUUUACCCAGUUGAUGCUGGAGGCAAUGGAUGGUUUCCUGAUUGCACUUAGGCUGGACGGGAACAUCAUCUACGUAUCUGACAGCGUCUCCUCUCUCAUCGGGCAUUUACCAUCAGACAUGGUGGACCAAAACAUCCUGAAUUUCCUGCCUGAGCGUGAACAUGCCGAGGUCUACAAACUGCUCUCAGCACACCUGCUCAUGAGCGAGCACAUCAGCACGGACUACCUGGAGGGCAAUGAGACCCAUGUCGAGUUCUGCUGCCACUUAGUCCGAGGGAACAUCGACCCGAAAGACGUGCCCACGUACGAGUAUGUCAAAUUCGUCGGAGACUUCAAGUUCCAGAACAGUGUGGCUGCUUCAUCAUGUAAUGGCUACGAGCUGAUGUUUCCCCGUCCGCUGCAGACCUCACUGGAGGAGCAGAUGUGUUUAGUGGCUGCAGUUAGACUGGUCACACCACAGUUCCUAAAGGACUUGUGUAGCGUGGAAGACCCAUGUGAUGAAUUCACAUCGAGACACAGCCUAGAGUGGAAGUUCCUCUUUUUAGACCACAGGGCCUCCCCCAUCAUCGGCUACCUGCCGUUUGAGGUGUUGGGGACGUCGGGAUACGAUUAUUAUCACGUGGAUGAUCUGGAGCUCAUCGCUCAGUGCCACAAGCAGCUGAUGCAGUGUGGGAAGGGGAAGUCGUGCUAUUAUCGCUUCCUGACUAAAGGGCAGCAGUGGAUCUGGCUGCAGACGCACUACUACAUCACCUACCACCAGUGGAACUCCAAACCCGAGUUCAUCGUCUGUACACACACUGUAGUCAGUUAUGCUGAGGUUCGUGCUGAGAGGAGGAGAGAGUACGGGCUGGAGGAGAGCGCUGAUAUUUGCACCACCUCAGUAAAGGGGCAGGAGGUGUGCCUGGAUGUGUGUGCUCCUAUGGAUGCACCGCGAGACAGAAUCGGCAGCGCUCGAUCAGCUUCUUCACACAGUUCACACAAAUCCACACACACUGCACCGUCUGACUCGGCGUCAAACUCUUCGGUCCGGUAUAAAGAAAGCUGCACGUCGUCACGGCAGUCGGCGUCUAUAGCAACCGAGAACUCCAACAGGCUGAGCCACGGAACCUCAAAGACCCUGAUUCAGAGACAGGCCUCAUUGGAGCCCCUCCCCCCCUCCCCCUCCUGCAGCCAAGCCUCAGUCAUGCACCAGGCUGUGUGUGCAGGUCUUCCUCAGCCUCAGUUAGGAGUGAUGCACCAGCUGACGGAGCACCUGGAGAAGCGGAGACUCAUCCUGCAGCACGACAUCAAAACCCAGCAACAGGAACUCCAUCACAUCAAAGAGAAACUAGAGCUCACUAACCUGCAGAUGUUGCUGCAGCAGCCUGUGCAUGUGGAUUUUCCUCAGCAGGCUUCAGCUCCAAAUAGCCAGUCAGGAGUCCUUCACCACAACAACACACAACACCCCAAACCCCCACACUGCACACCACACACAGCCUCGGCUCACACACUGCACCGAGAGCAGCCCAGCAGCUCCACCACGCAGCAGAGGCUGGUGCAGAUGCAGAGCAUGUGUGUCCCGGUCCAAACACACACCAGCCUGACGAUGCCGCUCUACAGCAACCCCAUGAUGUUCUCGCCGAACCAGGGAUACCGCAACACACUGGACACACACACACACCAUGCGCAACACACCCACCGGCAAACAGAUGCAGACAACGGGCCUGGCGGACAGCUACGGAUGUUGUUAAACCAGCCGGUGCAGAAUCUGGUUCCAGACAGCAGUGGAACACCGACAUCACACUUCAGCACCACCAUCCAUCAAACCAAAUAUUUGGACCAGCAGAUGAUGGCCCCCUCUUUCCCGGUGCAGCAGGUCAGCUGUAAUGCCGUUCUAGUCCCCUCCCCUGUGUUCACGUCACCAAUCGUGAUCACCCACAACAGUUUCAUCACUCCUCGGGCCCCGCCCACCUACACGCCCAACCCCCAGAACACUCAGCAGGGCCUGCACAUCCAACAACAUCAGCAGUUCUUUCAGAUGCAGCCGCAGGGUCUCAUUCAGAGCGGCCCCAGUCAGGCCUUUUUCCACACAACCAACAUCCAGCCGCAAAGCACUGUGGGAUACAUACAGCAACAACAACCGCAACAACAGCAGCAGCAGCAGCACCUUCAUUCCCAGCCUUCAGCAAGCAGCCUAUCAGAUUACAGAAACAUCCUUCCACGGUAGCCCCACCCAUCUGUGGGAGGGCCAGAAAGGCUGCCAGGACAGCGCAUGGAGCGGUUAGCUCUGUGGCCCGACCGGAAAGGAUGCUGGGAAGGCAGAGCGCGUGAAAUUCACCGCCAAGCCUAAAGAAACACCAAAGCCAAAAUCCCUCUGUGCCACGAAAACGGAUGUAGAACGUGGCGAGUUGUGAAACUCCGCCCCCCCCAGACACUGCACACAAAGAAUAUUGUUGCUGUGGGAGGGGGGCUAGCUAGAGGUCACAGGAAAAGCCAUGCCCCCCAACCCCUGACACUCAACAGAAGUGUCUUGAGGUAACUGGUGCACUGAAGAGAGAAUCUUCAGGAUGACCUGGAAGAAGGAUAAAAAAAAAAAAAUGCGCUUUUGGAAAACCUGACGUUUUAUAAAUUAUGUGUUUGUGUCGUUUUUUUUCUGUCGUUUCUUUUUUCAUACGGUUACGAUGACGGUUAUGGCAUUAUCAGGUUUGUGCUCAACAUUAUUGCAAACAAAUAUAAAGAAUACCGUGAUGUUAGCUGGAAACUGUUCACCUUUGAUAAAUGUUGCGAUUUUACAGCAACAGGAAGUGAAGUGAAAUGAAGUGGGCGGGGCUGAGUGAGCCUCUAAAGUCUGGUGCGGUUUAUCCUUAUGCGCACGAGAAACAAAUACGGCAAAAACACUACGGAAGAGUACGAUUUAAGAUGUUUCAUAUAAAGAUGUAAAUGUGUUCAAGCGGUUAGCAUGAACCGCAGAACGUCAGCGCACGUGUUGGUUCGGAGUAGCCGGUUAUGUACGUUUAAAAAGUAUUUAUUGAACCUGAGAAUUUUAGCUGCUUUGAAUGUAUAACGAUUUUUGAGUGUCGAAAAAAACAAACGCAGAUGAAACAGGCCAGUGAACAUGGUAGGUGCUGUGAGGAAAACCGUAGCAACCGACGCUAAUCUCAAAGACACUAGCGACAGUUAGCGACGUGAGGCGACAAAUGAAGGUAAGGAAAACUCAGCGUAGAAAAAAAAACCCCACAGGGUUAGCGUUGGAAAAAGAGUACGGUUUAUAAUUAGCUGAUUUUUAAGCAGGAAAACUCGGCGAGUCAAGGAUGAAUAUUUACAGUACUGUUCAUGAAAUUCCUCCGUUUAUGCCAACAGAAAAAAAGAAACUAUAUUAAAAAUAUAUGAACGCAGCUAUGAGACCAACCUGACAUGUCAUUUCAUUGUGUUUCGUUCUUUUCCUCUGUACAUGAGGCUCAGGCUUCAGCUGGGGUUUCCUGGAUCAAUAAAAAGCGGAUGAUGAAUUAAACUGAA